AUGGCCGUGGCUGCCGUCGCCCGCCGCGCUCUGUCCGCGCUGCUGCUGGGCCGGGGCCCGGCGCUGCCGCCCGCCCUGCGCCUGCCCCGGCUCGCCCCGGUCCCGGUCCCGGCCCUGACCCCGCUCCGCGCCGCCCUCCGCCCAUACAGCCAGGUCACAGAUGCUCCGUCCCACGAAGGUCGCCUCUCGGAGCAGGAGCCCGCCUCACCCAAGGCGGAAAGCAACACUGUCUACCUCGUCAGGGCGCAAGGAUUCCCGUUCUCGUGCACCGAGGAAGAUGUCCUUACCUUCUUUGAUAGCUGUAGAAUUCGAAACGGUGAGAACGGGGUACACUUCCUCUUAAACAGGGAUGGGAGGCGCAGGGGGGAUGCCUUGAUCGAGCUGGAGUCCAAAGCAGACGUCCAGAGAGCCCUGGAAAAGCACCUGAGGUACAUGGGCCCACGCUACGUGAAAGUUUUUGAAGUCCAUGACAGCGAUGUGGAGGGCUUGCUGCAGAACCUGCGGGAUGAGACGCAGGCCAUGAACGACGGAGUUGUGCUGCUCCGAGGCCUCCCCUUCACCUCCACUGAGGAGGACAUUGCAGAUUUCUUCUCAGGUUUGAAAAUAACAGACAUAGCUUUCACUUACCGGGGAGACAGAAGAACAGGAGAAGCUUUCGUGCAGUUUGCUACUCCUGAAAUGGCGGCCAGGGCCCUGCUACGGCACAGGGAAUAUAUGGGAAAUAGGUACAUAGAAGUGUACGUGAGCAGAAAGCACCAGAUGCAAAGGCACAUGUCCUACAGCAAGCAGGUGAUGGCCUAUUCCAAAGAGAGAAGAGAGUAUGAAUCCAUCUCUGAAGACAGGGGCUGGAGAGACACUGGAGGCUCCUAUACCGAAGGAGAAACCAAAAUGUGCAGGCAAGGAACAGAAAGCUCCAGGCACGUGUUAGAGUCUGAGAACGUGUCAUCACCACCACAGCACUUUGUCCGCAUGAGGGGUUUUCCUUCCCAAGCUAGUGCCCAGGACAUAAUAAAUUUUUUUGCUCCCCUGAGGCCCACAAGGAUCUUGGUGGAAUAUAACUCCCAUGGAGAUGCCACAGGAGAGGCGGAUGUGCACUUCAAGAGCCACGAGGAUGCAGUCGCAGCCAUGGCCAAGGAGGGGUCACAGAUGGAGUGCUGUGCCAUUGAGUUGUUCCUGAACAAACAUCCAAAGGGCAAGGAGAACUGCUAGUGACAGUGGCACAGGCGCAGGUUUGGCCAAGCAAACACAUUCCGUGGGUAUGAGCAUGAAGAUCAGGUCCAAGAGUCACCACUCAGCAAGGAGGACAAGCUAACAUUAGUUCAGCCAUGUGUAAGAGUUUGGAACAAAUCUGAUGGGCUGUGGGGAGUUGCACCAGCAGCAGUGGGAACGGCCAAGGCUGCAGGGUGGAGCAGUCCUGGGCUCCAGGUGCAUCAGGCUGCAUUAAUAAAACACCAGGAUUGCCACUGAA